AUGGAGAGCCAAAUCACAUGUAGCUCCUCCACCUAUGUUCCAAAAAGCACCUACAAGAGCUUCAAGCAGCUGGCUGAUAUGGCGGAAGGUGAAAACUGGAUGACGAGAGUCAUGAUUUCCCGAACAUGGAAUGAAGUCGACUUCUUGGGGACCAAUGAGGUCCAAACAUUCGAUCUGUUGAUGAUAGACGAGAAUGGAGAUCAACUACAUGGAGUUGUUCCGAAAAAAAUUAUAUGGAAAUUUGAGCCGUUAUUGCACGAGGGAGUUGUUUAUUCACUUAGCAAGUUGAGUCUUGCGGCAGAAAAAAAAAUAUUCCGCCCUGCUAGAAAUGAGAAACGUGCAUUUUUUGAGUGGAACACUAUGGUCCGAGCACUGGAUUCCACAGAUGUGAAAAUACCACGCCACAAAUUCUCAUUUACUGCUUUUGAAGAACUAGAAUCAUGUUCUUCAAACACAUAUCUUACAGAUGUGGUCGGUGUUCUGACAAGCCAUACGACUCUACAAGAAAUUAACAAAGCAAAUGGCCAGCGGUCCAUUAUGCGUGACCUAAAUCUUCAGAACUUGAGCGGUGUAAAUGUGAAGAUUACUCUGUGGGGUGAUGCCACAAGCGAGCUGAGCAGAAACUUGGACCAACAUGGCAUUGAGCCUGCACCAGUUAUCGUUGUGGUCACUGGGUGCUAUGUUAAAAAAAUAUCUAAGUUCAUGCUGCGGUUCGAAGUCCAGGAACAUACCAACUCAACUAUUUUUGUUGCACUUGAUAGUGAGGUGCAAAAGAUCGUCAAAGCACCAGCAUCAGAGGUCUUGAUGAUGGGAGAGGUUGAAGGAAAAGCAAGGGUUAUGGCAUCCUUUAAUGCUCUUUUGGGGGUUGAGAAGGAUUACUAA